UUCGAUGUAUCGCAAAUCGCGCGACCCCCGCGACCGCUCGUUUCCUACUCGUACGUUCGAUUUCAUCCGACACGAGGGAUGUCGUACGGCGCCGCUUCGGGUUCGUAGAAACCGUGAUAUUCGAAAGGAAGUCGAAACGGAACAUUCGCGGAGUAUCCAGAAAAGUGAAGGAGGUGAAGUCUUAUUAAUCGCUGUGCCUGAUUCUCGCCGCACCGGUCACAAUUGUUGGUCCUCAGCACCAUGGCGAUGAACGUGCCGUACGAGGCGAUCGGCAAGGGCUUCGUCCAACAGUAUUACGCGAUGUUCGACGACCCGGCGCAAAGGCCGAACUUGAUAAAUAUGUACAAUGCAGAGACAUCCUUUAUGACGUUCGAGGGCUUGCAGAUACAGGGCGCUAUCAAAAUCAUGGAGAAAUUAACUAGCUUAUCCUUUCAAAAAAUAAAUCGGAUAAUAACAGCGAUUGAUUCGCAACCAAUGUUCGAUGGUGGAGUUCUUAUUAAUGUAUUAGGAAGGUUGCAGACUGACGAGGAUCAACCUCAUGCGUACAUCCAGACAUUUGUCCUGAAGCCAAUCGGUACCAGCUUUUAUGUGCAGCACGAUAUCUUCAGACUUGCAUUGCACGACACGGCAGACGAGGAUCCACCACACGCCUUCUCGCAAUUGUUUGUGCUGAAACCAAUGGGUAAUUCAUACUAUUGUCAGCAUGAUAUCUUUCGCCUUAGUAUUCAUGAUAGCGCAUGAACGAGGAAGAUCAAGUACAUGCGAUGAGCGUGUGAACAGACAAGUUGUCGAGUGACGGACAUCCUGGAGAUCGCGAUUAAUAAGUGAGCUACCUAAUCUCAUCGAUAAUCUUCUCGUCACAAUCACAUCCUACCUAUCCCUAUUCUUUCCAUAGAUAUUACAAGUUUUAUAUGAAGAAUAUCUCCUCUUAUAUCUUGGCCAC